AUGCCUCCAGGUCGCAGAUCAAAGAAAGCCUCGCAGGACUCAUCUCUUGAUACAUGCGUGGCAAACUUUUGCCGGGAACUGAACAUAAAUUCAGAGACGAACGGCAGAGAAAAGAUCGACGAAAAUACAGUGGAAUCGCUGUGCGAGGCUCUGCGCACGCCAAAGGAGAAGGUUACCAUAACCGCGGCGGCCGUCAGUAAUCUUCUCUCGGCCUUGGAGAAUCAAGACGGGGAUUUCUGCUGUUCUCUUGAUAUCAAAACUUUCUGUGCUGUUUUGAAUAUUAUUCUUCGCAGCGAGGGUUGUCGAGAAGGGGAGCGUAUCCUCGCUCUACUUGCCAAUGAACUCCACCAGAAAUUCUUACCUCAAGGCGCAGAGAUCUCGGAAAGUGUGUUGAUCGAUAUCGCGAGGGCAUUGGACGUUGGUCACCUCAUAGAAUAUUUUGUCGAUGAUUCAAAACCAAACGGCACUAGAAGAUGGGUUGGUAUCAUCAUGCAACAGCUGUUGAGAGGCCCAGAGGCAGUUUCUGAGCAAUUUCAACACACACCGGAAGACAUUAGACGGAGCAUUGGUCCCUUGAUUCUCAAUGAAGAAAACGAAAUCCAUAGGUUGAUUUGUGGCCAGGUUUUGGCGGCACUACUGAACUCUGAUAUCCUUCCUGAAGAACUCUGGCCUGUAGGGACCGACAAGAAAGACUACGACGAUUUCCCGACUGAACUGGAAAAUCCAUCGGAAUGGAAAUCGCAAUUUCAGCUGUGGGUAGACGAUAAGUGGCCUGAUAGUCCAAGUCAGACGCCACCACAAAUGCUUUAUUAUAGUCACAGUGUUGUGACUAUACCACCAUUUAGACUCGGAACGUAUGGCGAAAACAUCGAACUAGUUUUGGAAGACGGCUAUAUCCUCUUUUUUAAGACCUCUACUGAACAGGAACUAGAUCAAAUACUGCAAGUACCAUGCAAUUCCAUCUCUCGAAUUUCUGUCAUCGGUAGCUCGACUGUAGUCAAUGAAAAAGAAGUUUAUGAUAUUGUUUUUGAAAUCAAGGACAACCAGAAGGUAUCCUGUUAUCUAGACUCCAGACCUACCAACUUUCAACAAAUAUGUCUGACCAUAGGCCCAGACAUGGAGGAGCUGAUGGUAGAUCUUCAGAAUGAGUGUACCGAAGCCAAGUUCUCACGGGAGAGGAUUAAAUGCUCUCAAGCUGAGGAUGGCAUACAUAUUCAAGGGGAGUCAAGCUCUCCAGAGGCCAAGGGUGACAGGCUGUCUAGAGAAAAUGAGCAUCCACAACCAACAACGUCUAGUCCGUUAUCAUUCGAAAGUCACGCGUCGAACACCAAUGUUGGUUUCAAGAGUGGGACUCGGCCCGACCUUGUUCGAAGUGAAGCAGAUGAUAAUAUAUCAUCUAACGUGGUUGGUAAAUUUGAGCAGUCCCAGCAUGACCCUAACGGGAAGCAUGCAGCAAGCAAUACCAACUUACCUGAAAAUGCUGAUAUUGCAAACCUUAGUGACUCACCUAGAGUUCAUACCAAUCGAGAAAUUCUGCCAACAUCUGGCGAGGCUGUAGAACCAAAUGAUGGAGCUUUGAAAACUAAUGGCCGGGCGCUUCUCUUGAGGCAAAAAGGCAAAACUCGCCCUCAGAUUUCUCGUCCCCUGCCAAUGGUUGAAAGCCUUUCAGGCAAGAGUGCAACUAAUGCUGCCAAAGCCGCCACGAUAGAAGAAAACUUAUCUGCAAGUCUGCCAAGUGGAAGAAAGGCUCCUAUCCCAGAUACGCAACCAAGCCCUGUUCCGAACCUGAACCCCAGCCUGAAUAUGAGUAAGGUACCUAAAACGUACUCUAUAAAACCAAAACCACCGAUCGCGGCUUCGAAGUGCAAGGCAGAAUCCUCUCGACAGACUGAACCGGCGAGCAUAACUACGGUCCUCAAAAACAAGGCGGUAUCCGAUGAAGCGAAGGCGCCAAUAGAGACAAGUGUUUACGAUUUUCCUGUGAACGUUGAUGAUGAGACAACGACCAAGACCAACCGUCAGUCUAAAAAGGAAACAAAAAAAAAAGUUGGUGUAUCACAACAAAAAGGACAACAAAAAGGAAAGGCAAGUGGCAAAGGCAGGGGAAAGAAUGCAAAAAACCACCAGAAACCCGAGUCAAUUUCAAUGAAAACUGGCGAAACUGUAGUCACCAAGCGGACUAGCCAGAGAGCUGCUGCGAAUCAAGCCAAGCUUAGCAUGAGCAAAAUUAAUGACGAAAUGGAACACAUCGAAGACGACUUCCCCGACCUAAGAAGCAGUGGACCAGCGCAGCCCAACGUCUCGCGAAAGCGUAGGAUGAUGGAGGCAUCAGUAGAGCCAGCUGUAGCAGAAGCUAAUUCCACCCCUUUACUAGAGCUGGCCUUGGGGAGAAAUGAGGAAGCAUUGGUUCUUCAGCAGCAAGAUGCUCAGGAAUUAGGUCUGCUUGACAGCAAUUUUCAGCCAGAGGAUCCUUUCGAAAUUGGGGAUCUAUACUCUGCCAGUCCACCAGCAUCAAAGAAUCCGCAGAGUUACAGUCAAGAAACACCUGGGCCUUCACGAAAGACUGCAGCCAUAAACUUCGCCAAUCAAUUGGAUGGUCUCCUAAGUGAUGAUGCGGGAGGAGAUGACAAGAAAAGCCUUACUAAUACUUCCAGAAAAGGUCUAUUUAAGAAGAGGGUACCUCAGAUUGCAUUGCCAUUAAAGCGCGAAACGCCCGAACAGAGCAUACCAGAGAAGAAGUCGACAGUCAUCGAAAAGAUCGUCCCGGAAGCCAUGAUUCAGGAAGCCAAAACUCAUGAUAGCAACCAAGGCCAAGAUGAAGAUUUCCCGGGCCCACAAUUACAGGAAGAAGAUUUCACUGUGCCAGAGGCUCUAACUAAUGAAAAAGUGGUACCCGUUUUAUCAUGCGAGACGGGCGUCGAUAAGAAUCAGAAGUCCGGAAGGACAGAUGAUGCUGAAGGGGAACCAAACAUGAAGCUAAUUGUCAGCACAGCUGAGAAAGAGACAGAGCAUGCACUCAUCACAAAUAUUUCCGAUCCGGUCCUGGAAAUCCCAAGCCAUCCUUUGAGCAGAUUUGCGAACAGCUCCAAGCAGGAAAUCGUCCACAAACCGGUUGUCUCCAAGGCAAUAGCUCCUAGUCUCAACCAGCCCCGUCUAGAAAGCUCUCCCCCAAAAUUACUACCCGAUGUAGCUUUGAUCGAGGAGAAAAAGCGAAAAGUCGAAGCAGAGGUUGCUGUGCCAUCCAAGCGUCGUCGACCAGUUACGACAGACAAUUCAGAAUGUCCACCAACCUCGACAUCCGGUCCUCUCACACAAACAAAAGCAUAUCUCGAUACCUCAUCUAGUAAGAAUAAAGCUUUGCUAGAUGAUCGAAUCAUCCGAAAACCAAACCUGAUACAUUUCGGGGUUAAAGGUGCACAAAAUCAAGGUUCUUCCAGUACACCGAAACCUGUCAUCGAACGAAACACUGAGGUACUCACCACUAUAUCAGAUAUGGCAAGGGAUAAAUCUCAAGAGACAGUGCAUAAUAAACGAAGAUAUGACGAUGAGGAAGACGAAGGAAGUUUGUUUGUAUCUCAAAGCCCACCUAGAAAACGUCAAAGUGUUAGUCCACCGGCCGUAACUUUGCUGACGAUCGCGCCAACAUCGACGGAAACAGACAGCAGCCCCCUCAUUCCUGCGGCUCUCAAAGCCAGCUCACAAGGAUCCCGGGUAGACGCAUUUGGUAGUCCACUGGCUCAACACGGUAUGCCUUCCAUGGGCCAAAUUCUCAAAGUCCAGCAAAGAGCACCGGCACCAGAAUUUGGCGAGCGUGCAUCUCGCAAAAUAGACUUUCAGCGGGAUGUAUCUACGAUUGCCGUACCAUCUCCAGAUUCCGAAGUCAAAGACACUCCCGAUAUUUUUGGUCCUCGUGUCAAAGUUGUGAGCAUCGCAAAAGCUCGACCUGCCCCACCUGGAGAGUUGCCUGUUCGAUAUGUUCCGCAUACAAAAACUCAACAUGGUACUUAUGAAGGCAUUUUAACAAUGGAGAACAUACAAGAAGAAAAGGUCCUGCCGGAUCCCUUUAUUGAGGAUGUCCAUCACAAAUCGAGCGGGUUUACCGAACGAUUACGUGCACGGAAAACUAUAACCAGCAAAGCCGAUGAAGGUUUGAAUGUUCGUUUCAGCGAUCCUGACAAAACUCUUGUGGAGAUUGAGAUGCAAAGCUCUACUAGAGAUUUGUCUUCACCAAGUGAGUCGACUAGUAAUUCAUCUUUUCGAUCAGAAGAUUUUUCAAAUACUCCAACGCAAGAAUUAUCCCCCAACAGUCAGUGGUCAUUGGCUGUUCAACCACACUAUAAAGGAUAUGCAGAUACCGUUCAUAAGAUUGCCAGUGAGAUGGUGAUUAGAUUGGCUAAGGAAGAAGAUGCUUCUAAGCUGGUCGUUCGUCAAUACAACGAGAACGCCACCGGUAUGCUUGAAGGUUUGACUAGCAAGCGAGAUGUGGAGAAGGUGAACAUACGCCAACAGAUCGAAAAUAAGAAGGAAGAAUUGAUUCGAAUGUACUCAGAAGCUAGAAAUACCAUGACGCAAACUGAGAAGGAUAUAAGAGCUGCGCCUGUAGCUGAUCUCAACGGAAAAUGGCAGGAGAGACAAGAGUUUAUCCUCAGAGAAAUGAAGUGA